ACUGAUCAAAGAGGUCGUCUCUUAGCUACUAGUCAUCAAUCAUGCUUUCUUAUUCUUAUUAUUCUUUUUCUCUACUAAUUAAUAUAAUUUCAUCCUUACAUAUAUUCAUAUAUUUUCUUUUUAGUCCAACAAAAGUAAUGUUCUUAUUCACCUAACUUAUUAGAAUUUUAGUCUUGGAAGCAAAAAAACUAGGAGAUCAAGAAAAAAAAUAAUAAUGCAAGAAAGGAAUGAUGAUCAAAGCGAGUGCUCGAAAACGAAUCGUUGUGAUCAAGAAGGUGAGGAGGAUCAAGACGAUGAAGAAGAGAGCGACGAAAAUGAUGAUGAAAGAACAUUUAACAAUAGCAAAAAUAAUGGAGGGUGUUCAAGCAAUAGCACAGUUGAAGAAACAAGUGAUGAGUUGAAGAAAUCAAGUUCAUCUACCGUUAGGCCUUAUGUUCGAUCUAAAACGCCUAGGCUUCGAUGGACACCCGAUCUCCACCUUCAAUUCAUCCACGCCGUUGAAAGGCUUGGUGGACAAGAUAAAGCAACACCUAAGUUAGUCCUUCAGCUUAUGAACAUCAAAGGACUAAGUAUAGCUCAUGUCAAGAGUCAUCUACAGAUGUAUAGGAGCAAAAAGAUUGAGGAUGAAAGUCAAGCAGGAUCAUGUGACCAAAGACAUCUUUUUGAAGUUGGAGAUUGCAACAUCUUCAACCUUAGCCAGAUUCCUCUGCUACAAGGCUAUUGCCAAGCUUCAAGUUCCAGUUUCAGAAACGUAGGCCCUACAAAGACCACACAUCAAAAUUGGAUGCAUGAUUUGUACACAAUAGACAUGGACUCGAGGGUGAAUAACAAUGUACGGGCAAGAUUUGGAAAUGAACUACAUCCUCGGCAAAUCAUUGAGCAAGCUCAUCAAGAGCCAAGACCAAUCCUUUACCGUGAUCAAACAAGGCAAAACCCGAGCACACGGCCAAUAACAAGGGACUUAAGUCCAAGGAUGCUACACCCUCUACACAAAGAGAUACUAGAGCAGGAAAAGUUCAUUAUUAGUAAUAGUAAAGAUAGUCUUCAAAAUCGAAUGGCGCUCAAGAGGAAGAGAGUAGAUUGCGAUGGUAAUAUUGACUUGGAUUUGUCACUAAAACCACCAAGGAGAGAAAGUGAAGCAAUUAUUCUUGACGAUGAGGAAGUUGAUAAAAGUAUUAGCUUAUCUUUGUUUCUCCAUCACACGUCUUCAUCGUCCACAUCGAAGCUCGAUAACAAGGUUAGGGAAGGAGGUGAUAGUAAUAAUAAGGAGGAAUAUUGUGCAAGAGGGACAAGUACCCUAGAUCUGACUUUGUGAAUGAGACAUUUUUAUUCUAAGUGAGAUCUUGAUCAGGUACUUGUUCUAGAGUUAUGCAUCAAUUUUCCUUCAUUCAAAUGUCACUGUUAGUAGUAACUAUCUUCAAAAAGGUAAUAACAACUUAUCACUUUUUGGGUGUAUGUUACUUCUUCAGUCCUAUCCAUUUGCACCAUUUUCUUCUUAAUUUGAGAUUUUUUUGACUCUUUAAUUUGUAUAAAGUCUAAAAGAUAUUAGCUCUAAUUUGUGUGAAUUAACGUGUAUUAAAUGUCCUAAAAGUGCAAAAACUUUUGCUAAUUAUACAAACAUUAUUAUUUGUUUCAUGAUUAAGCUAUAUUCGUACAUCAUAUUCAAUUAGUUACCUAAACUUAAUGUAAUGCAAGUGGAUUACGAGAUUAAACAUCACUUAAUCGUGAUUAUUUUCAUUUAUUUAUCCCUAAGCCCUAUGACUAGAGGCCUAUAAAAUGUCUCAGAGUUUUUUAUUUUAUUUUUAUUUUUAAAAUUUAAUGUUUAGAUAUCAAGCCUGUCUUAUGUUAUCAAUUUUAGUACGAAGUAAUCAUGUUUUUAAUAUAUAUUUUAUUUUCACAAUAAUAAAUUUAGUCACGCUUUUCUCUACUUUGAUGUUAGACAUUUGGCAAUGUAAAUUGUUAAUACAUUAGAGCAUAAUUUUAAGUGUUGGCGAUGUAUGUGUAUAUCGAUUCUAAUAUUCAUGAGCUACAUAUGAGAGUUUGCUUUGUGCCAUGAGUAUUAGCCUAUGUUGUAUGGAAUAAUGGAAAUGACCACAGAUGUAUUUAAUAACUUAUACUACUAUGUAUUUAAAAAAUUAACACUAUAUAUACUGUGUUCAAAAUAAAUACUCCGGACUUUGUAUUUAAUGUAUAUCGGAUAUUAUCCUCAUAAUUAACUUGUCAAACUGUAUAAGCUAGCUAACCAAAGUGUUUAGAAUAUGACACUAAUAAUGACCUACUAAUUGAGUUUUUGAUUAAUAGCUUACUUGAAUUUAUGUCUAAUGAUAUACCGUGUCUUGGUUACUUUUAGUUACAUACAUAUAAAGACCAUAUGUUUCUAUCUUAUAAAUU